AUGCCGAUAUUAAAUAAUUUAAACAAUAUUCAAGAAGAGAACACCAGCAACUUCACUAUCGAGAUUGAGUAUCCUGAAAUAAAUGAGCGAGAGCUGGUGAAACAUCUCAUGAAAGAUUAUUACCAAUUUACUCGACCUGUAAAAAAUUAUUCAAGUAUGCUAACAGUGACUAUUAUGCCUCAGAUUUAUAAUUUAGUAGAAGUGAACGAACAGAAUGAACAAAUAAAAUUGCUCAUCUGGUUUCCUCAAAGUUGGAAGGAUGACUAUUUGGUAUGGGAUCCUGAUGAAUGGGAUGGUAUCGAAAAAAUAACAAUUCCAAAAUCAAUGGUUUGGUUACCGGAUGGUUAUAUUUUUAAUACAGUAGAAGAAACAGACACUUUGGAUAAUCACAAUGUGCGUGUUCAUUACAACGGAAAAGUUGAAGUGGAUUUUAAUAAGCUAAUCGAUCUCAUAUGUCCAAUGUCAGUCCUCUCAUUUCCAUUUGAUGUUCAACUAUGUGCUCUGCAAUUUGGGUCAUGGACUUAUCAAUCUCAUGCUUUAAGUUUCAAUGUUCUAGAAGCUUCCGUCAACGAGAAUAAUAAAAACUCCGAAUGGGAUAUCGUAGCGUUCAAUGCAACGAAAAAAGUUUCAAAGUAUAUGAAUUUGAUUGGAGGUGAUAAUGUUUACGAGGAGAUUUUCUACUUUUUGGAAGUCCGCAGAAAACCACUCUACUACAUUGUUGUGAUUUUAAUUCCAACUUUUCUAAUCGUAACAGUAUCAAACAUCGGAUUGUUCACUCCACAUGGAGUACAUGGAGACAGAGAAGAGCAUGUUUCCCUGGGACUUACCACUAUGCUUACAAUGGCUGUUAUUCUAGAUAUGGUCACUGGACAAAUGCCGAAAAGUAGUGAAGGAAUUCCCUUACUUGGGAUGUAUGUUUUAAUAGAGUUUGCCCUGUCAAUUAUGGCCGUUUUGGUGUCAGUACUGAUAAUAUUUGCUCACGAAAGAAUGCUCUACAUGGAUGCAAUGCCGCCAUUCUGGAUUUUCAGAUUAUUCUCGAAACAUAAAAAUCAAAUCCCACUGGCUGAAAUGGAAUACGAUGAUUUACGUUCAAGCCCAGUCGAUUUGGCUCAAGAGCUCCGAUUUUGUAUUGAAAAAGUUAGAAAACACUUGGAAGAUUUGGAUUCCAAAGAUAAGAAUGAGUUGAUUUGGCAGAGAUUUUUCUCGUGUGCAGAUAUUAUUUGUGGUUCAUGCUUCUUUUUUGUUAACUGCAUUAUUACUUUUUACAUGUUUAUUGAGUAUUUUUGACUUUAACAAAUAAAAUAUACAAUUUUUAA